AAGUCUUAAGAAAACAAACAUCGAUGAAAAGUAGACUUAUUAUGCAUUUUAUACCCUACAGCAGACUCUGUCGGACCUAAUCCAAUAUAGGAAAAUUAUUAGAAUUUUAAACAAUGAAAACUAGUAUAAUAGUUUUUUUAGCAUUUAUUGCAAUUACUUCAGCUGAAGAAUGGAAACUCAAAACAAUGGAAGAAUGGAGUCAAAUUCACAAGACAUGCGAUGAACUUUAUCCAGUUUCAGCAGAACUUAUUGAGAAGGCUAAAGUUGAAAAAUAUCCACCCAAAGAAGUUUUCGAAGUUGUGCUGUGUAUUUUAAGAGGUGUUGAAGUUUGGGAUGAUACAAAAGGAUUUUCAACUGAUAGAAUUAUGUUUGGCCUUGAGAAUGUUGCAAAGAGAGAAAAUUUAAGUAAACAAUUUUUACGUGAUGGCAUUGAACAUUGCAAGGAUAGUAAUAGUGAAGGAAGUUCAAAAUUGGAUUGGGCAUAUCGAUGGUUUAAGUGUUUCAAGGAUAAUGAACCAUUAUUCAAGGCCAUAAGGGAGGUAAAACUGUACAAGGAACGAGAAAGGAAAAUCCAAGAAGAGUAGAGUAGGAUACAUAAAAGUUUUGAAAGUGAUUGUUAAUUCUGCAGAUUUUCUGAAAACAAUGUAUUAAAAGAAAAGUUUUUAAAUACUUCAUGAUAAAAUUGA